AUCGUAAGUCCGUCUGCUUUUGUUUCCUCCGUUUCCCCUGUCUUCUUCCAUUAUCAAAAAACUCACAUAAAUACUUGGGCCUUCUCUCAUUCUCUCUCCUCCAUUUCAUUCCAAGAGAUCUGAGUCUUUUUUAGCCCUUUACAUAAUAAAGGGUCUGAUUCACAAACAAUUCUUACUUCAGGUUUCCGUUUCAGGAUAGUAUGGGUACUGAAGUUGUAGGAUCUGAAUUGCCCAAGAUGAAUGGUAAAGUGAAAUCUAAAUUGAAUGAGCAAGAAGCUGGGACUAUCAAUUCUUCUGAGGGUAUUACGUUUGGCUCGCAUGGGGUCGAUGAACUUCAAGUCAAAGGCGAGGAAGACAAUGUCUCGAGUACGAACAUAUCUAAGGAUAAUGCUGCUGAUGCAUGGGCUGAGGUGCAAUGCCAUUACUUUUGGUUUGUCAAGCAUCGCCCUUUGGAGGACGCGAACUUGAAGGCGAAAAUUGACAAUACUGAGAAAGAAAUUCAAAAGUAUCAACAGCAGAUUAGCAAAUUAUUUGAGGAUAUCAGGGUUAAAUCGUCGGAGAAAAGUGAGCUGUUCGGUGAGAUGAAUGUUUUGAAAAAUGAGAAUAAUCAAUACCGAGAAUUCAUCUCCGAAAAAAGGAAAGAGAUGAAGCCAUUGCAGACUGCUUUGGGCACCUUGCGUGGUGGUGGCAGUGGUGGAGAGAAGGGAUUUAGCAUAUGUUCGAGUGAGGAGGAACUUAAUCAGAUUAUCCGAAGUUUGGAUUAUCGAAUUCAACAUGAAAGUUUGAUGUUGAAGGAGGAGAAACAACUUCUUAGGGAAAUUAAAGAAUGGGAGGCAACACGGCCUAAGGUUAUUGCAAGUAGUGCUGAAAGGGCGAAGAUUCAGGAAUCGUUGGGGCAGAAAGAAGCUAUCCUCGAUCAGGUCAAGCUUUUAGGUACUGACGUGGACGAGGUGCGGAAGCAGCAGGCUGCAAUAAAAGCAAAACGAGAUCGUUUGAGCCCACAAUUGGAUGCAGUAAACUCUCAGCUUGAUGCUCUAAGAAGCAAUUUGGAUAUUGCCAAGAAAAGGAAGGCGGCAGCAGUUCAAACAAUGAAAGAACUAAGGGAACAACGAGAUAAAGCGAAUGCGCAUUUUUAUAAUGAAUAUCGACCCAUGUUCACCAAUGCGAAGGAGAUUGCAGUGAAGAAGGAUGUGAAGGCUCUUGAGGAACUUUGUUCUGCUGAGGUUGAGAAGUUUAUGUCCCAAUGGAAUAGCAGCAAGGCUUUUAGGAAUGAUUACGAGAAGAGAAUCUUAAGAUCGUUGGAUUAUCGGCAAAUGAGUAGAGAUGGACGAAUCAGGAAUUUCGAUGAGAAGCCAUUGGUGACGGAUUCGCCACGACCUGAGCCAGAUGUGGCAGCUAAAGCAAACAUCCAACAGCAGAAAGACGUUCCGAAUAAUACUUCAAAAGUAGAAGAUUUGCAUGCGGCGAGGGUUCAAAAAGAAUCGAAAAAAGGAAAUAAGGAGCAAAAAUCUGUUUCGGAACGAACGGUGGAGGAAGAGGAUAUUUUUGUGGUAGAAAAACCAAAGAAGGAUGUCCAAAAAGUUAACGAAAAAGACGUAGCGAAAUUGAGGGAGAAGAUGAAGGAAGAAGAAAAGGAAAAACAAAAACAGGCGUUAGAGAGAAAGAAAAAGCUGCAAGAGAAAGCUGCGGCUAAGGCUGCUGCUAGAGCUCAAAAAGAAGCCGAAAAGAAGCAAAAGGAGCGUGAAAAGAAACUAAGGAAGAAAGAAGCCACUUUGCAGCCAAACACAGAAGAACAACCAACUGAAAAAUCUGAAACCGAUGAACCCAAGAAUUCUGAGAAUGUGGAAGAGGCCAUUGAAACUCCUGCGCCCGCUAAAGCCAAGGUGCAGCAGAACCCGCUGAAGCACAGGAAACCCAUAAAAACUCGAGUUGGUCCCCCGAAAGGUAUACUCAAAAAGAAAAAGUCAGAUAAUUAUUUACUUUGGGGAUCUGCGGCUGCUGCUGCAGUGGCAGUUCUGUUGCUUCUUGUUCUUGGUUACAAGUACUUCCUCUGAGUCGGAAAUCUAUUCCUCGUGUGAUCUACACACCGAUACUUGGCCACCGUAAUGUAGUUAAAACCGAGAGACAGUGUAGAAGUAGUAAACGUUCAUUUUAUGCUCUUUGCGAUCAAUCCAUAAGGACUUAUCUGUAGCUCAGACAGGCAGAAAUAUGCUUCUACAGGGGUGCCGAUAGACACACAUUUUAGUUUUUUUUUCUUUUGUUUUUUUGCCUGUAUUUUAAAGUUUUGUUCCUUUUUUCCAUUUUGUUAUGAUCUUUUGACACUUGAAAAACUUGAAUAUUGUAAGACAUUUUAAUUUUUAAUCAAUAAAUUCGAGUUAAGACAGGUUUAGUUAUGAUUAAAUAUAAA